CCAGGCGGGUCCGAUCUGAUAAGGGUCCAACUGCAGCAGGGAGGAACAGAAACUGCGCGUUUGGAGACGGGAAGCUGUUCAGAGGUUUAGUGCGAGUGCUGCGCACCUCCCCUCUCCAUUGCGCGGAGAGAGCCUCCUCUCGCUUUACGGAGCCUGUUUGUAAUUCCUGCUCUUCGUGCCAGAGCCUGCAGCUGUCUCUGUUGCGUCCCGCUGCCGCUGUUGUGGGAAAACCGUCGCCCCGCAUGACCAAAACGACGGCGGACUUUUUUUUUUCAACCUUGGAGUGUCAGCGCAGACCUGAAGUGUAUCGCAACUUUUUUUUUUUUUUUUUUUUUUUAACAAUUUACAACUCUGGUAGGAGACUGAAGGAAGACCGACUUGACACGCUUGUUACGUCCGCCCUUUCACUGAAAUCUUUGCAACUGUGAAAGGCUAUAGGAAUGUGGAACACAAGUCGAUCUCAGCGAAAAAGGACCUGCCUCUGCCCUUGACACCAUGACCACAGACUUGAACCUGACCUCUCUGCUGAAUGUAACAGAAACCGACCUCCACAACCACACAAGAGGAUGUUCCCUCACCAAGACAGGUUUCCAGUUCUAUUACUUGCCCACUGUUUACAUCAUGGUGUUCAUCACCGGGCUGGUGGGCAACAGCCUGGCCAUUUGGAUGUUCGUGUGCCACAUGCGGCCGUGGAGCAGCAUCUCGGUCUACAUGUUCAACCUGGCCCUGGCUGACUUCUGCUACGUCCUCUCUCUGCCGUUCCUCAUCUUCUACUACUUUAACAAAACCGACUGGAUAUUCGGGGAUGUCCUGUGUCGGCUGCAGCGUUUCAUAUUCCACGUGAACCUGUACGGGAGUAUUCUGUUUCUGACCUGCAUCAGCGUCCACAGGUACACCGGCGUGGUGCACCCGCUCAAGUCUCUGGGUCGGCUGAAGAAGAAAAACGCCGUCAUUACGAGCGCCCUGGUGUGGAUAGUGGUUAUCAUAGCCAUCUCUCCCAUCCUUUAUUAUUCCAGGACCGGCUUGAAGCGUAACGCAACCACCUGUUACGACACCACCACCGAGGAUGAGUUGCCAGGCUAUUUCAUCUACAGCAUGACUUUGACUGUGUUUGGCUUCUGCAUCCCUUUUAUUAUCAUAUUCUGCUGCUACGGUAUGAUCGUCAAAGCGUUGAUCUACAACGACAUGAACAAUGCGCACCUGCGGCAGAAAUCCAUCCACCUGGUCAUCAUAGUCCUCGCAGUAUUUGCCGUCUCAUACCUGCCCUUCCACGUGAUGAAAAACCUCAACAUGAGGGCCAGGCUGUACUUCCAGAGCCCCGACAUGUGCGAGUUCAACAACCGCGUCUACGCGACUUACCAGGUGACCCGGGGGCUGGCCAGCCUCAAUAGCUGCGUGGACCCUAUUCUUUACUUCUUGGCUGGAGACACGUUCAGGAGGAAGCUGUCGCGGGCCACUAAAAAGCCCUCCAGGAAGGGGGACAAUGUCCUUCAGUCCAAGAGCGAGGAGACGGCGCUCAACAGCUUGGCCGAGUAUGUAGAGAAUGGGGACCGGAGGCUGUGACGGGUCACAUCCUCUGUGUGCCCGCUCGUGAUUGUGGAUCUCUUUUAGCUUUUUGGAACCACGAUGGAAUAAAGAGAAGAAAUGCACUGUGCGGACUGAAGACUGUAUGUAGAAGUUACUGGACGAUGUUUUAACACGAAUACUCCACCUAACCCUGUGAUAACCAUCGCUCGCUUGCAGCCUGUCGAUGUUGAUAAGCUAUUGUACUGUAUUGUCCCGUAUUGUCCUCGAAACGUACACGAGCCAUCGAUCCUCUUCCUUGUCAAGCAGUUAGUGUUGCUUACACUUCGGACAAAAUGAACAUUAAUGCCGAGCCAGACUGCGGGAGAUGCGGGCGUUAAUACCAUCUUCAUCAAUUCGUUCAGCCAAAAUAGGACUGAGAAUGGAUGGCGCCUUCUCCGGCCACGGGCUGAUGUUUAAUCAAUAGUCGUUAAGCGCGUGAGAGCUUGUGCUUAAGGAAGUGUACCUGGGAUGGCUUUUUAGAGGGAAAAGUAAAUGCACUGAACCUGAGAGUGCUGCAUGGAUUUGCCGUGCAGACGUCGUGAUGCACUAUGACCGGGGCUCCCUCUCUGCUCCGACAGCUACCUAUCACUCCUCGUUUCUUUCUCCAACUACUACUGACUGCGUGAGGAAUGUGGUUGACUCCUUCUCCAUUCUGACAGCUGUGAGGUGGCGGUCCGUGACGGCUUUGUCGCCACAACCUUUUUUCUCUCCUUAACCUGUUUGUUACAGACGUAGAAAAAAAAACAAAAAACAAACCAAGAAGAUAAUAUUUGCAGUAUUUUUGUGUAUAUAAUACCACGAUGAACUAUUAUUUUUUAGGUGUACUGUACAGGAUAUUGUGACGUUCCAGAUUAGUUUGUGCUGUUAACCGUCAGUAUCACUAAUCCUCAGACCUCUAGUGCAUGAGUCCAGUAGGAAAUCUAGAAACACUGACUCAUCAGAGCACUCGAGUGUUUAUUGCAGCAUAGAGAAUAUUAGCUUGUAAAGGGGCAGACCAGACACACACACACUCAAUCACCUGCUAUGUGACUCCACCUACAUAUUGAAGAUUUGUUUUUAUGAGAUACCUCAAAGUAAAUAAGUGCACUGUGUCUGUGUUUAGGCAGAUAAUAAUUUCUGCUUUGUAUCUGUUGUGAACAUUCUGGAGAACUGAUCGUGGAGCUCUCUCUUGUCUCUCUGUAUAUCUUUUACUCUAGAUGUUUGAUGUCCGUACUAAUUCCUUUGUAAAUCUGUAAUGUGGUCAGCUGUGAGUGUCAAGAAAGGAAGUAAAUCAGCUGUACAGGAUGUUCGAGGCCGCGUGUAUCUUUGUCAAUAAAUUUUUGUAUUUAAAACAGA